AUGCCAAGUCUUGGUGUCAAAUCCGGCAUUAUUCAACUUUUGCCAACUUUUCAUGGAAUAGAAAAUGAAAAUCCAUAUGUGCAUAUUAGGGAAUUUGAGGAAGUUGAUGACACUUUUUAUGACCGAGCAACCAUCAAUGAUGCUGCACGCUUAAAGUUUUUUCCCUUCUCCUUGAAGGAUAAAGCUAAAAGUUGGUUGUAUUCCUUGAGAUCUAGGUCUAUCGGAACAUGGGAAGAAAUAACCAAAACAUUUUUUGUUAAAUAUUUCCCUGUCCAUAAGACCAACAGUUUGAAAAGACAAAUCUCAACAUUUUUCCAAAAAGACAAUGAAACGUUCUAUCAAGUCUGGGAGAGAUUUAAAGAUCUCUUAAGUCAGUGUCCACACCACGGGUACGAGAGUUGGCGCCAGUUCGUAGAAAUGAUGUGCAACGGUGAGUUCCUUCAAAAGGAACCCGAAGAAGCUCUUGAGUUUCUCAUUGAGCUUGCUGAAAAAUCUCACACAUGGACUGGUCCAAGUGCUGCUGAAAGCACCAACAGAAAUCGACCAGCUGGGAUUUACCAACUUCGGGAAGAGGACAGCUUAAAGGCCCAAGUCGAAUCUUUAAAAAAGCAAAUUGAAAUCCUUACGACUAAAGAUGGCCAAAAAGGGUGCAUGGUUGCCCAAGCACAAUCCAGACCACUCGAACCUUGUUUCGUUUGUGGAGAAAAUGGGCAUUUAGCUAAGGACUGCUUAGUUUACAAAGAAAUGAAGGGGGUUCAUGAGGAGCAAUGCAAUGCCUUAGGGCAAUAUAACAAGCCAUUCUCCCAUACGUACAACCCUGGUUGGAGAAACCACCCGAAUUUCAGUUGGAGAGAUAACUCUAACCAAGCUCAAACAUCUGGAGGACAAUGGAGAAAUGAGCAUCAAGCUCAACCUCCAAAGGCAUAUCCUACGCCUCAAUACAAUGCUCAACAACAAGGGAACUCCCUUGAAAGCACUAUUCAUGCAUUCAUUGAGGAACAAGCUAAAAUUAAUCGCCAAUUAAAGGAAGAUGUCCAAGAAAUAAAAAGUCAAUUUUCAAAAUUGACCGCAUCCUUGGCUAUUUCUGAGAAAGGCAGACUUCCUUCCCAGCCUCAAUUUAAUGCACAAGGGCAACACAUGGUUGAAAUCUCCACCUCUAAUGAUCCCAUCGUUAAAGGGGUUAACGCCAUCACAACAAGAAGUGGUAAAGCUUUGGAAGAUCCAUCCAUCAAAACCACUACUUCAAAUUCAAAAGUUGCCCCUGACAGUGCACCGAUAAAUGCUCAAGCAAAAGUACCAUUUCCCUGUGCUCUU